CAUAAGCCAUAGAGACAUGGGAGUGCAGCUAGAACACAGACUUCCCUACACUUCCGGACAAAAGCGGGAGCCGCGAGCUCCCAUUAGGAGUCCCUUCCUCACCGGAAGUGAUGGCCACAAGCCAAGCGACCGUCACCUCUAUGGGUCAAAAGCAAAUGGUGCCUCGCGUAUCACGUGUUAGAGGAGGGGCGUGGCUUUGACCUGCUUCCGGCGGAACCAUAGAGCCGAGAGGAGUCUCCGGCGGAAGAAGGGGGAACUUUCGUUUCGGGAAGUAUCUGGGGAAUGGUUUCGGGGCCGGACCGCUUUCGGGCCGGGAUCAUGGCGGCGCUGGAGGACGUGGAGUCUCUGCCCCGAGGAGGCUUUCGCUGCCGUCUCUGCCACGUGCCUGUCGCCAACAACUUCACGGGAGCAAGAGAGGCCAGGAACACGGAGGAAGCCAAGCUGCUCUACGUCCGGAGGGAGCCAGAAACUUGUGAGAAAACCUUGACUCUCAGAAGCUGGAAUUGUACCCUCAUAUGACACACUUCCUGGGCUGUGACCGUGGAGUGAGGAGGCAGAUCCCGGGGGCGGGGGGGGGGGGGGCCUUCUCUUCCUCAUCCUCAUGCCCCAAACAGCUCCAUUCCUGCUGGAACAGGACUGUGUGUCUGGAAGGCUUUGUAGCCAAUAACACUCUUGUGCAGUUGUUAACAAUAGCCUGUGUGUGUCUGUCCUGGAAACUUCUUGGUCAGGUAACAUGCACGUUUGUGUGUGUGUGUGUUUGAUAACUGAUUGGCUUGAGUUUUUUGAGCUUUGCUUUGUGCAACUAUCUUGAGCUUGCUGGUUGGCCCAAGUGCCACUGGAUCUGAAACAAACUGCAUUUGUGUAUUGUUUAGCACUAAGAUCCACAAAGUGCCAAUUCCUUGAAGGGCAUUUUGGCUUCUGAUACAUUAGUGAGUGGGAAAAAUUGGUUUAUCUGCUGCUUAUAUCUGUUAGGUUUUUCUAAUUAUUUUUAAACUUAACUCUUACAGCUCUGAAAGCUUUGUAACUUUAAAAAGUGGUUCUAGCUUAGUCUUAACUUGAAUUUUAUUGGUUUACAUUAUAUUGUCUCAUAUUAAUGUUGUGAGCCCCCGAAGCAGUAAGGUACGGGGUGGGUAGUGCACAAAAUACUCUAGAUGUAAAUGAAAUUGAAAUAAAAGAGCUAAAGAUGAUGUACUGAGAAAAAAUGCAAAUCUGAUCAGCUUGACAUGUGUAUGGCCCGGGAUUGUGGGUGACUAUCUAGAAGGAUGUUUUGAGAGCCAUGUUGAGUCAUUGUUGUAGCAUCAACACUGCAUAUUUUAGAUUGUGAGCCCUUUGGGGACAGAGAUCCAUCUUAUUUAUUUAUUAUUUCUCUGUGUAAACCGCCCUCAGUCAUUUUGGGAAGGGCGGCAUAGAAACUGAAUAAUAAUAAAAAUAAAAAUCUUUAACAUGC